CCGGCUAAGCCGCGGCCACCCGCGGUCUGAGGGACCGGAGGAGCGGGGCAGGUAGUAGCUAGGAGUCCCCCGAAAGGCGCCGAGCGCGAGGGCGGGCGUGCUCGGAGUGGUCGCGCGUCAGCCGCCGCCCCUCAGUCUCCGCACUUGCAGGUCCCCUCCCUCUUUGCCGGGACGCGGGAGAGCCCGGCUCGCGGCGGGGGCGGCCAAUGCGAAACUGGCUGGUGCUGCUGUGCCCGUGUGUGCUCGGGGCCGCGCUGCACCUCUGGCUGCGGCUGCGCUCCCCGCCGCCCGCCCGCGCCUCCGGGGCCGGCCCUGCAGAUCAGUUGGCCUUAUUUCCUCAGUGGAAAUCUACUCACUAUGAUGUGGUAGUUGGUGUGUUGUCAGCUCGCAAUAACCAUGAACUUCGAAACGUGAUAAGAAGCACCUGGAUGGGGCAUUUGCUACAGCAUCCCACAUUAAGUCAACGUGUGCUUGUGAAGUUCAUAAUAGGUGCUCAUGGCUGUGAAGUGCCUGUGGAAGACAGGGAGGAUCCUUAUUCCUGUAAACUACUCAACAUCACAAAUCCAGUUUUGAAUCAGGAAAUUGAAGCGUUCAGUCUGUCCGAAGACUCUUCAUCAGGGCUGUCUGAGGAUCGAAUUGUCAGCGUGAGUUUCCGAGUUCUCUACCCCAUCGUUAUUACCAGUCUUGGAGUGUUCUAUGAUGCCAGUGAUGUGGGUUUCCAGAGGAACAUCACUGUCAAACUUUAUCAGGCAGAACAAGAGGAGGCCCUCUUCAUUGCUCGCUUCAGUCCUCCGAGCUGUGGUGUGCAGGUGAACAAGCUGUGGUACAAGCCCGUGGAACAGUUCAUCUUACCAGAGAGCUUUGAAGGUACAAUCGUGUGGGAGAGCCAAGACCUCCACGGCCUUGUGUCAAGAAAUCUCCACAAAGUGACAGUGAAUGAUGGAGGGGGAGUUCUCAGAGUCAUUACAGCUGGGGAGGGUGCAUUGCCUCAUGAAUUCUUGGAAGGUGUGGAGGGAGUUGCAGGUGGUUUUAUAUAUACUAUUCAGGAAGGUGAUGCUCUCUUACACAGCCUUCAUUCUCGCCCUCAAAGACUUAUUGAUCAUAUAAGGAAUCUCCAUGAGGAAGAUGCCUUACUGAAGGAGGAAAGCAGCAUCUAUGAUGAUAUUGUUUUUGUGGAUGUUGUCGACACUUACCGUAAUGUUCCUGCAAAAUUAUUGAACUUCUAUAGAUGGACUAUGGAAACAACCAGCUUCAAUUUGUUGCUGAAGACAGAUGACGACUGUUACAUAGACCUCGAAGCUGUAUUUAAUAGGAUUGCCCAAAAGAAUCUGGAUGGGCCUAAUUUUUGGUGGGGAAAUUUCAGACUGAAUUGGGCAGUUGACCGAACCGGAAAGUGGCAGGAGUUGGAGUACCCCAGCCCCGCUUACCCUGCCUUUGCAUGUGGGUCAGGGUAUGUGAUCUCCAAGGACAUCGUCAGCUGGCUGGCAAGCAACUCGGGGAGGUUAAAGACCUAUCAGGGUGAAGAUGUAAGCAUGGGCAUCUGGAUGGCAGCCAUAGGACCUAAAAGAUACCAGCCACAGGGACCUGGUGUUUUCCCCAUUCAGGAGGUGCCACCCCAAACCUCACCAGUUAGUCCACACAUGGAGUUAUCCUUGAAGUGAUUUCAGCAUCAUUCGAAUAGAUAAAAACUGUCUACGUGCAGACUUUCUGACGCUCUUAGAACAGUUUCACCACUCUCAGAUCGGCUUUGGUUGUUUUCAACAGGACAGCCUGUGGCUGUGUGAGAAGACCUGCGAGACAGGAAUGCUGUCUUCUCCUCAGUAUUCUCCAUGGGAACUGACAGAACUGUGGAAACUGAAGGAACGGUGCGGUGAUCCUUGUCGAUGUGAAGCAAGAUAACAGGGACUUGAAUUAGCAGCAUCUAAAAUCAGGGCAGGCAAACGAUAAUCUGAGUGCAAGUCUGAGGAGUCCCAGGGUUUAGCAGUAGACUGUACGGUCUUUC